AUGGCAACAACAAACACAACAAAGGCAGACAACGAGCCCAACGACUGUCUGGACAUCGCUGUGAUCGGCGGCGGUAUCGGGGGCGCCUACACCGGGUGGAGACUGAGGGACAGAGGUCUCUCCAUCUCCGUGUUCGAGUACUCGGACAGAGUCGGGGGGAGACUUUUCACUGCCGAGCUGCCUGAAGCCCCGGGGACGUAUCUUGAAUUUGGGGGGAUGCGGUUUCGAACGGAUCAUAGUAUUCUUAUAAAUACUGCAAUCGAGAUUGGCUUAAAAAUCGUUCCAUUUCAGAAAAGUGAUGGGAACCAAAAACUCUGGUAUCUGCGAGGGACUCACCUGGGCAAAGAUGAUCUGCGAGGCAGCAAAACACCUUUCAAUCUGAAGGCCAAUGAAAGGAAAUCUCCAGAGGCCCUCAUUAGGGACAUCUUCACCAAUAAUACGAACAUAACCAGCACCAAGUUUCCAGAGGAGAUGUACUCGUUGACGACAAACGAUGGCGUCCCAGUCUACAAGAUGAGUCAGUUGAACUUUUAUAGUCAUUACGCUACCAUGGAGGCAUACGGUUAUUUACAAGCUUGUAUGGCAAUGGGCUUGGUCAACCAACAACAGGGAGCGUUGCGCGGGGUUAAAAUGGCCAACUCGCCUUCGUCAGCUCUCCACGCAAUUGAGGGGGGAAUGGGGAGACUGCCCACUACACUCAUGGAUAUAUUCCGACAAAGAAGUAAAAGCCACCAUCUGCACUUGAACCAUCAGCUGAUAAGGAUUGAGAAGAGUCAGACUGGGGGAUACAACCUCAGGUUCAGAAGGACCCAGACAGUCGAUGGUGUCACGACACCUCUCACGACGGAUGACAAUGAGGUGACAAUCUGCGCCAGGAAAGUAAUUCUGGCAGUUCCAAGAAAUUGCUUGGUGCACGUUGACUUUCCCACGUUUAGGAACAAUCCUGCCAUUAUGAAUAGUAUCAACUCGGUGUUUGACGACCCAGCUGGAAAGAUAUUCUUGGCAUACCCCUACAAAUGGUGGAAGACCGGUAACCCUGACACUACCAACACCGACAGUGAUCUACCGUGUAGACACACGCGAGACUGGUUUACAGGAACUAACAAUGUAUCUAUCAUCCUUGCCUCCUACCACAACGGAGAAACCACUCGCUACUGGCGGGAGCUGAGUCAGUUCGGGACACCCAUCCCUGGCAGUCUUCCUGGAGCUAAUGCUGUUACCGACGUCGUCAAGAACAGACUUGAGACGUAUCUUAGCCUCAUCUACAAUGUCAAUCAAUCCGAUAUUCCCGAGGCUGUUGGUGGAGGGAUGAUGUUGUGGGACCGUUACCCGUUCGAGGCUGGCUGGCACUGCUUCAAGCCCGGCUUCAAAGAAGAUGAGGUUGCUGAAAUAAUGAUGAAGCCAUCACCUUCAGAUGACGUGUAUGUGGUCAGCAACUCGUGGGCGGAGGGGAUGCUGGGUGUCUGGUCAGAAGGAACAUUGCACGCAGUCGACAGGGUACUGUCAAACUAUUUCAGUAAAUAGCCAUUGAUGCUUCGCGCUCAAAUUUUCUUUCUGAAGGAUGUGAUGUUGUUUAGCUCUCUUGUUCAUCCUUCUUUAACGUUUCCUCUUCGCUCAGAGAAGUUCUUUAUAACUGCUGAAUGCGCAGAUUGUUUCUGGUUAUGUAUUGCGUCGAUAUUCCCUCAUCUUCCCGAGGCAAGAGAGUUAACUGACUACAAAAGUCCAGUUUCCACCCUUGCCGAACUAGGCUGGGAUUAUGGAGUUACAUGUUGGCUAACGAGUCUAUGCAUAGUCCAAUCAC